ACUUCGUUGUGAUUUGAUGCUGAUAAUAUCCACGAACUGACGUUAUGGAAAAACACAAUGGAGGUUUCGAAGAGGAUAGGCUAUCGGAAAAAGUAGAGUCACCUAAUGGAAAUGGGAAUGAAAAGGACACAUUGCAAUUGGUUACCGAGAGGAUAGACCCCGAGGAGGGUUGCAGCAACGAGACUCUAAUCGAUAUAAGGGAGAAGAAAAGCUCGCCAAAACAGCUGGAAUGGUACUACGCUCCUGCGUACUUGCUCUUCUGGGUCGGACUGUUCUUCGCUGUGUGCUAUCCCCUCUUCAAUUACCUGCCAACUGGAGUGACGAUCGAGGAGGAGUCCAACUCACCGGGAACCUUUGUGGCCCAGCGUGCUGAAAGUAUACUGGUUCAGCUGGAUCUCAUGGGUCCCAAGAUAGCUGGCGAUUAUGUGACAGAGGUUCUUAUGGUUGAGUUCCUCCUCAACGAAAUAUCCAAGGUUCGUGAGGAGAUGCGCGACGAUCUUUAUGAAAUGGAGGUGGAUGUACAGCGAUCCAGUGGAGCCUUUCUGCACUGGCAAAUGAUAAACAUGUACCAGGGCAUCCAAAACGUGGUGGUCAAGCUGAGCUCCAAGAGUUCGAAUAGCUCCUCUUACCUUUUGGUUAACAGUCAUUACGACUCGAAGCCUAGUAGUGUGGGAACUGGCGAUGCUGAGGUCAUGGUGGUGACCAUGCUGGAGACACUGCGUCUAAUGGCUACAUCCGAGGAGCCCUUCCUGCAUCCCAUUGUGUUCCUGUUUAAUGGCGCCGAGGAGCAGCCCUUCCAUGGAUCUCAUUCGUUUAUAUCUAAUCACCGUUGGUCAGCCAACUGCAAAGCGUUAGUCAAUUUGGAUUCCGCAGGUGCUGGCGGUCGUGAAAUUCUCUUCCAGGGGGGUCCCAACCAUCCCUGGCUAAUGAAGCAAUACAAAAAGAGUGCCAAGCAUCCGUUUGCGACGACAAUGGCUGAGGAGAUUUUCCAGGCUGAUUUGAUACCCUCCGAUACGGAUUUCCGAAUCUUCCGAGACUUUGGACCGGUGCCAGGCCUGGACAUGGCUGGUUGCUAUAAUGGCUUUGUCUACCACACCAAGUUCGAUCGCCUGAAAGUUAUAUCCCGACGUGCGCUGCAAAACACUGGCGAUAAUGUGUUUUCUCUGGUUCGCAGUAUAUCUAAUGCCGAGGAAAUGUAUGAUACAGAGGCUCAUUCCGAGGGACAUUCGGUUUUCUUUGACUAUCUGGGACUUUUCUUCGUUUACUACACCGAGUCCACGGGCACGGCUUUAAACAUAUCCUUCUCCCUGGGAGCCAUCCUGGUUAUUUGCCUCUCCUUGUGGCGCAUGGCUAGGGUUACGGAUCAGAGAGUGGGAACCUAUGCCCGCGCCUUUGGGAUGCAGUUCCUCCUGGCACUUUUGGGCUUUUUGCUGGCCCUCGGCUUUCCAUUGUUGAUGUCUGUGUUCUACGAUGCGGGCGAUCGCACAAUGACCUACUUCAGCAACAGUUGGUUGGUCAUAGGUCUCUUCAUCUGCCCUUCAGUUAUUGGCCUAGUAUUACCCGCAACUCUCUACCUGUCUCUGCGUCCCAGUGAGAAGAUACCGCACACCUACCAUCUACAGAUUGUCGGACAUGCGUACUGUGUUCUAAUGGCAGUGCUUUGCAUUUUACUCACGGCUGUUGGCAUUCGCACGGCAUAUCUCUUUAUGAUGUGUGUGUUCUUCUACUUGGGAGCUUUGAUCAUCAACCUGGCUAGUAGACUUCAUGAUAAAGGUUAUCUCUGGGCUUGGGUUCUAGGUGUUUGCCAAGUGCUCCCAUAUCUGUACUUCACCUAUUUGUUCCACGCCCUCCUGGUCAUCACUAUUCCGAUGACGAGUCGCAAGGGCAUGGAGGCUAACCCCGAUCUAUUGAUCUCUUUGGAGUGUGCACUGGGUUCUAUCUUGGCAAUGGUGUUCUUGGCUCCUCUAUUGAACCUCUUCCGACGACCCAAGUGCAUGGUGGGUGGCCUCGCAUUAGUAAUGUUUAUUUUCUGUAUGAUCUCAGUAUCAGAGGUGGGCUUCCCCUAUCGCGCCGAAACAAAUGUGAUGCGUCUACACUUUUUGGAAGUACAUCGCAAGUUCUACGAGUACGAUGGCUCUAUUAGUUUGGAGGACAGUGGCUACUACUUUGACUUGCAGGACAGACGAUUUGAGGCUCCUCUGGUGGACAAGAUUAACCUCACUGGACUCACUCGCCUCGACGAGCAAUGUAAAACUGAGAUGUAUUGUGGGAUGCCGUGCUUCAAUCAUCGUUGGUGUUUGGCUGUGAAAGAUGCACGGUGGUUACCACGAGAGGAACCCGUAGAUUUGCCUGGAACUCCGAUAUUGCGGCUUCAAAACAAGACUGUUUUGGGAACUGUGACUGCCCCGAGUGUUCGGUAUCACUUCAUCGUUUCGGAUGGUCCACCAAGAAUGAGUUUCUUUAUUCAACCCUUGAACGGUGUGAAGAUGCUGAGCUGGUCAUUCCUCCAAGGAAUGCUGGACAACCCCUCGGUUUAUAAGCCCCCAUAUCAUAUUUUCUUUGGCUACGGCAGCGACAACUCGCCUGUCGAGUUCUCUUUAGAUAUGACGAAGGAUGAUGGUAACUUUGACGGUCCUUUAUUAGAGCUGGGUAUCUCUGGGCACUACAUGAGCCAUCUAAGUAAACGCGAUGCGGCAACUCAGAAAUUCAUCGAGGAUUUACCAGACUUUGCCCAUCCCAUGGAGUGGCCAAGUUCCUACGAACGAUAUAUCUUUUAA